UUCCCAAACCGCACUUCCUGUAAGAACACGGAAAACUCACGAAAACUUUGACUGUUUUGCUCUGGAAGUACUGGGCACAUUUAUGAACAAAUAUGCAGUAAUCAGAUUCCAGAAAUGCACGGAUUUAGUUUACCAUAACCACUGAUGUUCUGCUCUUUAAUAUGCUGUGAAUGAUAUAUCGGAAAUAUUUUCUGUUGACAGCUCGGAGUUUUAAAGGUGUUCCUUUUCUACGGAAGUACAAGUCAAGUAUAACGUAAUGUAAGAACUGUCAGGAUUUGGUUUGUUUUUUUCCGAAGUGUCUCAUGGCUAAUGCUAAUCCAGGUGAACCGAUGGAUUCUGCCAGUGAUGGAAGUGAUGAAGAAGUGUCUGGUUUGGGGAAGAGCAGUGCCAAUGGCUCAGUUGUGGCAAAUGUUGACAGAUACGGAUUUAUGGGAGGAAAACAAUACACGAACCCAGACACCGAAGAUGUUCACCGGCUACCUCCCGAGGUUCUUCGAAAGAGAGAAAUUAAGUGGCUUGACAUGUUUGAAAACUGGGAAAAGUGGAUGAGCAAAAGGUUCAAAAAGGUUAAGGAUCGAUGUAGGAAGGGCAUACCAGCAUCUGUGAGACCCCGAGCGUGGCAGUUUCUGUGUGGGAGCAAGUUCGUCAUGGACCACAACAAGGGCAGGUUUGAGAAAUAUCUACAACUGCCAGGUGACCCUAAAAGUCUGGAUGAGAUAACAAAAGACCUACACCGACAGUUCCCGCUGCAUGAGAUGUUUUCUAAACAAGGAGGAUAUGGACAAGAGGAUCUAUUUCUUGUAUUGAAGGCAUACACAAUCUACAAUCCAGCUGAGGGAUAUUGCCAGGCCCAUGCUCCAAUAGCUGCAGUACUUCUGAUGCACAUGCCAGCAGAACAGGCCUUCUGGUGCCUGGUGGCCAUAUGUGAAAAAUAUCUUCCUGGAUACUACAGUCCGGGCCUAGAGGCAAUCCAGCUAGAUGGUGAUGUAUUGUUUGGGCUUUUAAAGAAGACAUCUCCUGCUGUUUAUAAGCAUCUUAAAAAGCAACGAGUUGAGCCUAUAAUGUAUAUGACUGAGUGGUUCAUGUGUGUAUUUACUCGAAACCUACCUUGGGCGUGUGUUCUGCGGAUAUGGGACAUGUUCCUGUGUGAAGGUGUAAAGGUGAUGUUCCGCAUUGCCCUGGUCCUCAUCAAAAUGACUUUAAGUGGCGGUGACAAACUGGCUGAAUGUACAUCCUUCUAUGAAACUUUAGAAAAACUCAGAAACAUUCCAAUGGAUGCAUUUGAUGAAGAAACACUGGCUAGAGAGUCACUUAAACUGAAUAUUAACGAGAGUGAUAUGGAGAAGGAACAUCAACGACAGAUAGGGAAACGACGCAAAGAGAAAGAGAAAGGUUCCAGGUCCAGCAAGAAAAACAAGACAUAGCCAUCAUUCCACAUUAUUGUUAAUUCCAUGUAUUUCUGGGAACAAAUCAAAAGCUGUGUAUUUGGAUCUACUUCACCACUCCAUCGAUAUACAUGCCCAAAGUUGGUUCUCAGGCACCAUAACUAAAUGUUUGUUGCCUAGGUAAUGACAGAUGCAUGUCCACACAUAUGCUUGGCAUUAUUAAGAUUUCUGUCAGAAGAGCACAAUACGGACCUCAGUGGGGGUAGUCUUGCUGUGAGUUGUAGAAUCAUCACCCACUGACACUUGCUUACAGUCAGUGCUUAUAGAGGAUUGGUGUAUUGACAACAAGCAAGGAGAGAGGAAACAUAUUAGAUCCUGCAAGAUGCAAGAUACUAAGUGUUUCAUAUGAUAUUGGCCAGUGCUUUACCUCAUGUAUGCUGACAUUCCAUGUGAACAGGUUGUGACAAACGGGCUGAUACACCAAAUGAAACAGGAUCCAAGUUUUGUUCGUUUUCCAAGACUUACUUCAAAGACAUUUCUAGUUCUCUUUUUCAGGUCUUGGUAUCUGCCUUUUAAUUCUCUACAGAGAAAUCUUUCAGACAGGGUAUUUUAUCUUGCUCAGACUGUGAAGUUGGGCUUGUGAUCAAUGGUUCUAGAAGUUUCAUAUGACUAAAGAUUGUACUUUUAGCUCCACUGAUUGAAAGUCAUUGAGCUUAUAUGUUAUGGAUAUCCAGCAUUGGUACUAUCAGCUUAAACAUGUUCACAAUGAAACAUGGGCGACUGAAGCUUAAACAUGGUAUGCUUGUUAUCACUACUACUGACAACUGAAUCUGUUCAUCUGUUCAGGAGGUUUGGUUCUGAUUGCCAGUUAAGGAGUAUGACAGCCAAAGUAACUAUUUUAAUAAACCUCUCCAAAACCUAAUGAAGAUAUUAGCUCUCAUAUACUGUUUAUCCCAAUCUUUGACUGGACCUUCUAUAAAUUGUAAAUACAAAUAAGUUGUGUAUUAUUUAUUGAUUAUUUAUUGCUAAUUUGCUAUUAGUUUCUUACUCUUUCUUUUGCUUUAUACUAUUAGUGGGAAGUGUAGAAAGGUAUCUGUCAGGGUGAACUAUGAUGUUUGACAAAAUAUGACUAAGUCAUGGUCAGUGGUAUUCUAGAAUGCUGGUGUGAGAACUGUUCAGACAUCUGUUAUCCAGUUGAAAACAUGGCCUCCAGAUUUGACCCAUGUAGGAUAUGUAGCCAUGUAGUCAGGCUGUAGUAUGUUGUUCAGUGUGGUUGUUGCCAUUUCGUAAUAUGUUAAUCUGUUGAAUCCUGUAUGUUAUCAACAAAUGUCAUUUUAAAAACAUUCACAGCCAAGACAAUGCUAGAAUUUAAUGUUGUUGACAAAUUGUAUCUCUUUAAACAAGCAAUAUGACUGAAUGAUUAGUUUUAUAACGUAUAUUUGGUAUUGCUGGAGCAGAUAGGAUACACUCUGC